AUGGCCUUUGCAGAUAUUUUAGUGACCUUAAUUGUGAUGCCCGAUUCCAUGUCAUAUGUCUUCACAGAGGCAAAAUGGAUUUCUGGAGACGUAGGCCUUGUCACAUGUGCUGGUGUGAGGUACCUUAACUUCAUCACACUGGCGGCGCCAAUCGCUAGUCUAUUGUUGAUGUCAGUGGAUCGUUACUUAGGAGUUACUUUCCCUCUCGACCGUUUCCCAAAUUUUCGCCGAGGAAAAAUCCAGUCUGUGGCAAUUUGGUUUAGUGCAACGAUCACUUCGAUCCCCGUCGCUGUAACAUGGAAAAAUUUUAAGCAUUUUCCAAACGACACAUAUUACAUUUGCGGGUCCAUAUUUCAGGCACCCGGGAAAGAAUACAGGAGGAUCCUUUUUACACUACUUGUUCCUCUUAUGUAUAUGAUUCCACUGCUUGUGAUAUCCACGCUAUAUACCUGGUUUGUCUUCAGCUGCGCCGCAGAGGUAUUCCAGGACUCGUUACUCUAA